AUGUCUGCCAAACAGUCCUGCCAAGUUUGUUUCCAUUGUCAAGCUAAUGUAAGACCAAUUGAGCCAAGGCAAUCUAGCUCCUGCAGUGAAGCAGUCCAAAAAUCUGGAGGAGAUGCUAGUACAACUGUUGGAAGGGCAGAUAUGGCAGGGUCAAACAUGGAUAUCACAGCUGAUUCAUGCAAAAGCUUGGUGGAUCAGUUCCUGCAGGAAAGGGAGCCAACUGCUCUGGCAGAGGGUGGAAUCAUGGCUGUAAUAGAUCCACAAGACAACUUGAUGAAUCAGUUCCUGAAUGAAUGGGAACCAACUGCUCCCCCAGCAGAUGGUAUGAACAUGGAUCUACUCAAGCAAUUGCUGAAUGUGCAGGAACCAUCAGCACCGCCAGUCAUGCAUGAGAAAUUAAACAGGAUGGACAUGGGUCUUCAACACCUGCACAAGAUGUUACUAUGCAAGGUUGAUUUUCUGGCAGACUUGCAGAAUGUGCAGGAACCAUCUCCUCUGCCCAUCACCUGCAAAUCAUCAAAUCUGAGGGACCAAUCUCCUCAACCUGAUUCUCUGACUAACCUGCUUGCUCAAUUGCAGGAUAUGAGGGAACCAACGCCUCCCCCACUCGUUUCAAAUAUGAGGACAAUGGCCAAACCAUUUGACUUUUGGCAUGCCCAAACGAUCAGAGAUGAGGGAUCUUUUCAUGGAAAUAUGCAAUGCAAUCUCUUCAAAUGGAACAAUGGGGAUUGGCACCUGUUCCAUGAUGCAAUCAAGUCCUGUGCACCUUACAUGCCACAGCACCUUGUGUGGGCUGCAAAUGCCAUUGCAAGAGAAUUGGGCACAGCUGCAAGGGACCAGUAUGGUGCAGCCUCUCAGGGCCUUCAACUUGUCAAUAUGCUUGAUUUGAUGGAAGUCAUUUGUUAUCCACAUUCCACCUUUGAAAAUUGUCCUGAGCCAUUCAUCACCAGCCAAUCACACCCAUCUCACCAGUCUGUGGUAGAGAUGGGUAUCCUCUACUUGGCAUGCCAGAUCAAGGUGGCCUCUGUACAUCUGAAGCAGACUGCCAAUAUUGCAGGAUGGCCUGUGCAUUGGUUUGCAAACCUAGCAAUGGACUUGAAUCAGCUUAAUAGCUUGAUUCUGGUGACAGUGUUGCAUGCCAGUUAUACUCCUCCCCUCCCAGUGUGCUACCAUGUGUACCUCAGACACCAAGAUGAUGAGUGCACAUUUAGCAUAAUCAACAAUAUCAGCACCAUCAUCCUGCAUUGGACCCCACAUGCAGCUGAUCCCAAUUCUGGCUUUGCAUUCCCUUGGUGGCUAUAUUGUUCUGAGGAAUAUGCAGUGGAUUCCCAAAGAUUGCAAGGCAAGGGAUUGUUUUCCACAGCCUGGGAUUUUUUUAAGUUGAUGAUGGCCCAGGGUUUAUGGCCAUUGCCUGAGGCACCAAUUGCAGACUGUCUCGAUGGCCAUAUCGAGGAGCAGAAAUAUGCCAAUGUUGUCAAUGGUCAGGGUUGA